GUGAUGUGACCUGAACUGGGAAGAUUUUUUUAAUCACCUAUUUGUUGCCGUCCGGCUUCAGCCACAUUUUAUUAUACGACUCAUUGGGAGAUUCUCGCUGUAUUUCGCCUCAGAAUCGAUCAAUCGCAGAUUCACUGGCCAGAAAUGAAGCUUUCACUUUUGCUGUUCCUGGUUGUGGACAUCAGCUUCACAGACUCUGAAGUGUUCCACCACUUUUCCUGCACACUUGGCUGCUUUGAGAACGGCUCAACAGAGGCACUGUGCACACUUGAUUCAGAGGAACUUGUCUAUGCUGAUUUUGCCAAAAGGGAGCUGGUAUACACUGUUCCUAAAUACAUAUCUACCGACAAGAUCAUACAUUUUGAUCAUGAUAAAUUAUACAACUCUGCGGAGGAUGGCAAGGGAAAGUGCCUCAAAUUGCUGCAGGCAUUUGAUAUCGUGGAGAAUCACCCACCAGAAGUCAAAGAGCCACCAGUUAGCAUCAUUUACCCUGCUGAGGAGGUUCUCCCAGGUGAGAAGAACCGCCUCGUGUGCUUCAUCAGUGACUUCUACCCACCGGCCGUCAACGUCACCUGGACCAAAAACAGCCUCCCUGUGUCGCGGGGAGUGUGGAACAGUCGCUAUUACGCCAGCGAUGAUUACACCUUCCGCCACAUCUCCACGCUGACGUUCAUGCCAGAGGAGGGGGACGUUUACACAUGCGGCGUGGAGCACCAGGCCAUGGCAGGACCUGACAUCAAGACCUGGGAAGUCAAGUUCAGUCAGCCUGGUGUCACUGCAGACCUCGUGUGUGUGCUGGGCCUCACUGCUGGGGUGGCUCUCAUGGCUGCUGGAAUUAUUUUGGCCUGCAAAUCAAAAGUUCGAAAGGAUGCUGUGGACGAGUGAACGGUCACUGGUUCGGCUCAGCAUCUUGGCACAUGGUUUUUCCUGCACCUAUGGAUCUCAAGUUUCUUGAAGGAAUCCCAAAUUAAAUGUUACAAUUGUUGCUUUUUAAAAAGUGAAUUUCCGGGAGCAACGGGUGAACGUGUGUGUUCAAAAUGAAAAUAAAUGCAUGUUACUGUG